CCAUUCUGUUUCAUGACAUCACAGAAUGACUUGUGUUACUUGUGACAUCACAGUAGACCAUUCUGUUUCAUGACAUCACAGAAUGUCUUGUGUUACUUGUGACAUCACAGUGCACCAUUCUGUUUCAUGACAUCACAGAAUGGCUUGUGUUACUUGUGACAUCACAGUGCACCAUUCUGUUUCAUGACAUCACAGAAUGGCUUGUGUUACUUGUGACAUCACAGUAGACCAUUCUGUUUCAUGACAUCACAGAAUGUCUUGUGUUACUUGUGACAUCACAGUAGACCAUUCUGUUUCAUGACAUCACAGAAUGUCUUGUGAUACUUGUGACAUCACUGUGCACCAUUCUGUUUCAUGACAUCACAGAGUGGCUUGUGUUACUUGUGACAUCACAGUGAGCCACCGUGUUUCAUGACAUGACAACUUGGUCAAUACAAUAGACCAUCCUAUUUCAUCAUAGAAUUAUUUUAUCUGCAUAGUCACAUAACUGAGCAUUACUAAUUGCAGUACUGCUUAUGGACACCAAGUGCUGUGGCUAAGUGGUUACUACUCCAUACACAAGGGAGUUAUUUAUGUCCCUGAGUGAUUAUGUGAAGUAGUACUAGACCAUUAAUUGAGCAUCAUAAAAGCCACAGUGACCCCCUCACUGUAUUUAUGUUGUCUCUACUCUGCCAGAUAGCCUGGUGACAAAUUCCCCAGGAGAUCGUGUUUCUUGAGACACAGAGAAGCAGUGUCCCCAUGGUGUUGUCAUAUUAUGUGUUGAGUUACUGGAUGCACAACACUCUAGCUAUUCACACACGCUCUCAAUAACAUGUCGAAAAGUGCAUAGAUCUUGCAUGUGUAAAACAAAUAAAGAUGUGCUGGAAUCUUGUCUAUGUAAAUGGUUUGUUUUGCUUCAAUCAUGCAUUGUGAAUUCCUGGUGAAAUUAUGGGUUCUUUUUGUUUCUUUGUUUGUUUGGCAUCACAGUUGGCAAAGAUAUGGUUGUCCUGAGUGAUUUAAUGCUUAAGUACUUUUCUGUUUGUAGAUCCAUGAACACGAGGAACACUUUAAGCGCAUGAACGAAGACAGCCUGAUGCACCCCCCAGAGUUUGUGAUUAAACCACGCUCCCACACUGUGUGGGAGAAGCAGUGCGUGCGGCUGCAUUGCACUGUCAGUGGCUGGCCCGACCCACGGGUCAUCUGGUACAAAAACAAUGUGGCAAUUGACCCUCUUGCCAACGCUGGCAAGUAUAAACUUGAGAGCAGAUACAACGUGCACUCACUGGAGAUUAACAGAUGUGAUUUUGAUGACACAGCGCAAUAUCGUGUCUCUGCCAUGAACUCCAAGGGAGAGCUGUCUGCAUUCGCCUCCGUCGUUGUUAAGAGGUUCAAAGGUGAAUUUGAUGAAUCCCUGCCAGCACCCAGACGGGCCAGUACUGAAGACGGCCCAGUGUCUGAGUACGGCAUCACCUUCCAGACUCACAUUGUUGAUAAGUUUGGUGUAUCGUUUGGAAGAGAGGGUGAGACCAUGAGUCUGGGAUGUACGGUCAUCAUUUACCCUGCCCUGCACCGCUACCAGCCAGAGAUCCAGUGGUACAGAGACGAUGUUCUGCUGUCUCCUUCUAAAUGGAACCACAUGCACUGGAGUGGAGAUCGAGCCACACUGACGCUCACACACCUCAACAAAGAGGACGAGGGGCUGUACACCCUGCGCGUCACCACCAAGUCUGGAUAUGAAACCUACUCAGCCUAUGUCUUUGUCAGAGAUGCUGAUGCUGAGGUUGAAGGAGCUCCCGGUGCCCCUCUGGAUGUGCGCUGUCUUGAUGCCAAUAAAGAUUACAUUAUUGUCACUUGGAAGCAGCCAGCGAUCGAUGGUGGCAACUCCAUCUUGGGCUACUUUGUGGACAGAUGUGAGGUUGGAACCACACACUGGAUCCAGUGCAAUGACACUCCAGUUAAGUUUGCCCGUUUCCCCGUCACCGGCCUGGUGGAGGGCCGCUCCUACACCUUCCGUGUGCGUGCGGUCAACAAGAGCGGCAUGAGCCGCCCGUCCCGAGUCUCUGAGCCAGUGGCUGCCAUGGACCCGGCUGACCGUGCCCGCAUGAGAGGUACUUCUGCCCCCUGGACCGGCCAAAUCAUUGUCACAGAGGAGGAGCCUGCAGAGGGCAUUGUUCCUGGUAGACCUCUUGAUCUGCAGAUAACAGAGGCAACCAAGAACUAUGUGGUGCUGAGCUGGAAGCCACCUGGAGAGAAAGGCCUUGAGGGUGUCAUGUACUAUGUGGAAAAGUGUGUCUCAGGCACAGACACCUGGCAGAGGGUGAACACAGAGAUCCCAGUCAAGUCUCCCCGGUUUGCGCUGUUUGAUCUCGCCGAGGGGAAAUCCUACAGCUUCCGUGUCCGCUGCUGCAACUCCGCCGGUGUCGGCGAGCCAUCUGACCCAACUGAGGCCACCACUGUUGGUGACAAGCUAGAUAUCCCAUCUGCCCCAGGCAAAGUUAUCCCUACCAGAAACACAGACACAUCAGUCGUUGUGUCUUGGGAAGCGUCCCGUGAUGCCAAAGAGUUGGUGGGUUACUACAUCGAGGGGAGUGUUGUGGGCAGCAACGUGUGGGAGCCAUGCAACAACAAGCCUGUAAAUGCUACCAGGUUCAUCUGCCACGGUCUGGUGACAGGAGAGAAAUACGUGUUCAAGGUGAGGGCAGUGAAUGCAGCAGGGCUCAGCCAGUUCUCCCAGGAGUCUGAGCCUGUGGAGGUGAAGGCUGCCAUUGGGGGCGGCAUCCCUCAUGGUGUGUUGCUGGAGAUGGGGCCGGGGGGUAACGUGGGCCAACUAACCAAGCACAGGCCACGCUGGACAAGCACGCAUGAAACUGUCCAGUCCCCCUUUGACACUAUGCAAAAGUGCAAUAAAGCUCAGGCUGACACUGAAGCCAGAGAGAGGGCCGGGGCUGCUAGCUCAGGCCUCACAGAGCCCGAACCCAUGGAGAGUAAAAUCAAGGGGGGCAAAAGAGGCAGCUUUUCCUGGGCCCCUGAUCUAGCAAAAUACCUGGUCUCAGAGUCUGUGUCAGUCUCAGUUUCUGACUCGCUUACUGACAUAGCCACAGCUGCACACUUAGACCCAGUCACUGCUGAGGUUCAGGAUCAGGCUGUAGAGACAGUCAAUGAGCCUGCGGCCCAACAGGCACGUAAGUUCUCUGUAGGUGCUUCUGCUAAUUGGAAGAAAGCGAGGCCCAGGAGAGAGUCAGCAGCUUCCCCUACUCCACCCUAUGGCAUCACUGUGUUGGAGUGCGUGCGUGACGCGAUGGUGCUGGCUUGGAAGCAGCCAACCUUCAUCGGCGGUGCUGACAUCACUGGCUACUUUGUGGAUUACCGUGAGGUCAUCGAUGGCGUGCCGGGGAAGUGGCACGAGGCCAAUAUCAGGCCUGUCAGCGAGAGGGCCUACCGGGUGUCUGACCUGAAGGAGAACAGGAAGUAUCAGUUCCAGGUGCGGGCAGCCAACAUAGCAGGUGUCGGCAUCCCGUCACUGCCCAGUGACACCUUCCUGUGUGAGGAGUGGACCAUCGCCGUGCCAGGACCUCCUUAUGACCUGCAGAUAAGAGAGGUGCGAAGCGACUCUCUGGUCUUGCUGUGGAAACCACCCGUAUACCAAGGCCGUGAUCCGGUCAACGGGUUCUAUGUCGACAUCAAGGAAGCGGACGCACCAGAGGAAGCGUGGAGAGGAGUCAACAAUAAGGCUACUGAGAAGAUGUACCUCAAGAUUAAGAAUCUGAAGGAAGGAGAGACGUUUUUGUUCCGUGUGCGUGCUCAGAAUAAAGCCGGCGUUGGAAAAGCCUCAGACGUGUCAGAGCCGGUCCCAGCUGUGACCAAACCAGGCACCAAGGAGAUAGUUGUGGACGUUGACGAUGACGGUAUCAUCUCCCUGAACUUUGAAUGCUGUGACAUGACCCCCGACUCCAAAUUUGUGUGGUCCAAGAAUUACGAGGAAAUAACAGACUCAUCCCGCCUGACGAUGGAGACCAAGGGAAACAAGUCCAAAGCUGUUUUCAACAGAAUUGGGGAGGAGGACAUUGGCGUUUACUCAUGUCUUGUCACCCACACUGAUGGUGCUUCAUCCAGCUACACUCUCUCUGAGGAAGAGUUGAAGAGGCUGCUGGAGAUCAGUCAUGACCACAAAUUCCCCAUUAUUCCCCUGAAGUCAGAGUUGGCUGUGGAGCUGCUGGAAAAGGGAAAAGUUCGCUUUUGGCUGCAGGCGGCGCAGAUGUCUGCUAACAGCAAAGUUGAUUACGUCUUCAAUGAUAAUCUUCUCUCUCAGGGGGAGAAAUACAAGAUGAACUUUGACAAGAACACUGGUGUGAUUGAGAUGGUCAUGGAGUCUCUGACCCCGGCGGAUGAGGGCACCUUCACCUUUCAGUUGCAUGAUGGGAAAGCUACCAACCAGUCCAGCUUGGUACUGAUAGGAGACGUGUUCAAGGAGCUGCAGAAGGAAUCGGAGUUCCAGAGGAAAGAAUGGUUCAGAAAGCAAGGUCCUCACUUUAUUGAGUAUUUGGGUUACGAGGUGACACCAGAGUGCUGCGUUGUACUGAAAUGCAAGGUCGGCAACAUGAAGAAGGAGACCUCUGCGCUGUGGUACAAAGACGGACGCGAGAUCAAAGCAGACGAGCAUCUGGGCUUCACCGAGGGAGUGCUGAAACUGGAAAUUGCUCAGAUUUCCAAGAAGGAUUCUGGUGUGUAUGAGGUUGUUCUGAAGGAUGACAGAGGAAAGGACACUUCCACGUUGAAUUUGACAGAUCAAGGUUUCAAAGACUUGAUGAAUGAAGUUUUCAGUUUUAUCGCCAAUUCCUCUACUCCGUUGAAGAUCACAAGCACAGAUGAGGGCAUCCGACUCUACACCUUCGUCAGCUACUAUAACGAUUUACUCCAAGUAACAUGGCACUACAAGGAUUCAGCCAUUGCCUUCUCUGACCGUAUAAAGAGCGGUGUAGUUGGAGAACAGCUGUGGCUGCAGAUCACAGAGCCCACAGAGAAAGACAUGGGCAAAUAUGCCAUUGAGUUCAACGAUGGAAAAGGUGGCCUGAGGAGGACUGUGGAGCUGUCCGGUCAAGCUUUUGACGACGCCUUUGCAGAAUUCAACAGACUCAAAGCUGCUGCUAUUGCAGAGAGAAACCGUGCUCGGGUAGCAGGAGGCUUGCCUGAUGUGGUCACUAUACAGGAGGGCAAGGCCCUCAAUCUUACCUGCAACAUUUCGGGUGACCCCGUGCCAGAGGUCACCUGGCUGAAGAAUGACAGGGAGAUCACAUCUGACGACCACUGCAUCCUGAAGUUUGCAUCGGGCAAGUUUGCCAGCUUCACCAUCACCGCCGUGAACACGUCAGACUCUGGCAAGUACAGCAUCCUGGUGAAGAACAAGUACGGCACGGAGAGCGGGGACUUCACCCUGGAGGUCACAGAAGGAACGCCUGACUUGGGGGUGACUUCAUAUUCGACUGAUGCAGAAGGAAAUGUGGUGUUUGGCCCAAACACCCCGAAGGAAAAGAUGAAAACAACAGUCACUGGAACCAAAAUGCAGAAGCAAAAGGAAUCUGUAACUAAGACUUUUCCCGUGGAAAAGGUUGAAGACAACGAGGCGAGCAAAAGUAAGGAGUUUGAAGUGCAGAAAGUUGAUGCUGCAGCAGAACCCAAAGCUUCAGAUUCAGAACAAACAGUAGAUGCAAAAGGACUGAACUGUCUUUGAGUUCUGGCCAAUCAGAAGUCCCCGAGCAGCCUGUAGACACAGCAGAGGAGCCUGAACCACCAGCUGAAGCACAUCCAGAACCACUGAGUAAAUCUAGUGGAGAAAAGGAUUGAGUUUACUCUCAUAUACGCAUAUAUACUACAAGUUUGAUUUGGGCUUUUUGUGCUGAAUAUGAUUGAUGUGUUUCCAGUUAUAGUAACUUGCUCUUUUAAAAUAUUAAUGAUAACAAUACUCCCCAUUUGUGUAAUAGAAUAAGUCUCUUAAUGCACCUUUUGUUUUAUAUCACAUACUCAUUUCAGAGACCACUGCUUUUACAGAUUGCCUGCAUCGUGUGUAUAAUUUUCAUAUUUACUUUAAUAAAGUAUCUGUUGGCAUAUU